AUGUUUUCCGGUCAUCGCCGCACCAACAAGAUACUCUCCCUCCAACUCUGUCCAUCAUCCUCCGUCGUGGGCUACAUUUCGGAUGGUGGUUGCUGCUGUUCUCCGAGCAACACCACCCUUGCCGCCGAGACUCUCCAUCUCCUUCCACAAACUGGACACUGCGAAGGGAUCGAUAGUGAAGACGAGACCCUCCUCACCUUCUCGGCGAAGACGACGACCCUCCUCCCCUUCCCGGCGGUAACGACGAGGAAGAAUCUGAGGUGCUCGGAGGGAGUCAACAGGUGCAAAGAUGACUGGUAA